AUGGAAUUCCCCUUUGGGUCCCUGGAAACUACCAACUUCCGUCGAUUCACUCCAGAGUCCCUGGCGGAGAUUGAAAAGAGAAUUGCAGCCGAGCAGGCAGCAAAGAAAGCCAAAGGUAAGCAGCGUGAGCAUCGGAAGAAAAACCAAGAGGAGAAGCCUCGGCCCCAGCUAGACUUGAAAGCCUGUAACCAGCUGCCCAAGUUCUACGGUGAGCUGCCGGCAGAGCUGGUGGGGGAGCCCCUGGAGGAUCUGGAUGUCUUCUACAGUGCACACCGGACAUUUAUAGUGCUGAACAAAGGGAGGACCAUUUCUCGAUUUAGUGCCACUCGGGCCCUGUGGUUAUUCAGUCCUUUCAACCUGAUCAGAAGAACAGCCAUCAAAGUGUCUGUCCAUAAAUAUCCUUUGUGGUUCACCAUAUUUAUUACAGUCACUAUUGUGAUCAAUUGUGUGUUCAUGGCCCGAAGCGACCUUCCAGACAACACCGAGUUUGUCUUCACUGCCAUUUAUACCCUGGAAGCCUUGAUCAAGAUAGUGGCAAGAGGAUUCUGCCUAAACGAGUUCACGUACCUGCGAGAUCCUUGGAACUGGCUGGAUUUCAGCGUCAUUGCCCUGGCAUACAUUGGCAGAACUGCUCUCCAAGGGUUCUCAGGCCUGCGGACCUUCAGAGUUUUUAGAGCUUUAAAAACAGUUUCCGUGAUCCCAGGGCUGAAGGUCAUCGUCGGGGCCCUGAUCCACUCAGUGAAGAAGCUGGUUGAUGUGACCAUCCUCACUGUCUUCUGCCUGAGUGUCUUUGCCCUGGUGGGCCUGCAGCUCUUCAAGGGCAACCUCAAGAACAAAUGUGCCAAGAAUUGCACAGCUCUCAACGAGACAGCCAACUACUCCUCUUAUGAAAAACGCGAGUGGGAUUUCUGCCACAGUGAUAAAGACUAUUACAUCAAUAAGCCAGGCACUUCUGAUCCCUUACUGUGCGGCAAUGGAUCUGACGCAGGCCACUGCCCUCCAGGUUACUUCUGCCUGAAAACAUCUAGCAACCCAGAUUUUAACUACACCAGCUUUGAUUCCUUCACUUGGGCUUUCCUUUCUCUCUUCCGCCUCAUGACUCAGGACUCCUGGGAACGCCUCUACCAGCAGACCCUGAGGGCUUCUGGGAAAAUCUAUAUGGUCUUUUUCGUGAUUGUCAUCUUCCUGGGAUCUUUCUACUUGGUCAACUUGAUUUUGGCUGUGGUCACCAUGGCAUAUGAGGAGCAGAACCAGGCAAUGAUUGCUGAAAUUGAAGCCAAGGAGAAGAAGUUCCAGGAGGCCCUCGAGAUGCUCCAGAAGGAACAGGAGGCGCUGGUAGCAAUGGGGGUCGACACAGCCUCUCUCCUCUCCCAUGAUGGAUCACCUUUAGCCUCCAGAAGUGCCAGUGGGAAAAGGCGCAGAAUGAAGCCAAAGGUGUCAGAGAGCUCCGCAGAUGACAACAAAUCACCCCACUCUGAGCCUUACAACCAGCGCAGGAUGUCUUUCCUAGGUCUCACCUCUGGGAGACGCCGGGCUAGCCAUGGCAGUGUGUCCCUCUUCCGGACCCCUGUCGGAGACGGCUCAUUCCCUGAUGGGGUCACAGAUGACGCAGUCUUUCUUGGAGACCACGACAGCCGUCGGAGCUCCCUGCUGCUGGGUGGAACUACCAGCCAGCAAGGCCCUCUCCCUAGGAGCCCGCUACCUCAACCCACCUACCCUGGGCCAGGACACGGAGAAGAUGGACACCCCACAUCGUCCCCUGGGGAGCUUGGACCUAGACUCACGGAAGGCUCGGCGCUUGAAGCAGGAGAAAAGAAGACUUUCUUAUCAGCGGAAUACUUGAACGAACCCUUCCGAGUCCGAAGGGCGAUGAGUGUGGUCAGUAUCAUGACCUCCGUCCUUGAGGAACUCGAGGAAUCUGAACAGAGGUGCCCGCUCUGCUUGAUCAGCUUGGCUCAGAAGUAUCUGAUCUGGAAGUGCUGCCCCACUUGGGUGAAGCUCAAGACGCUUCUGCAUGGGAUUGUGACGGACCCCUUCGCCGAGCUCACCAUCACCUUGUGCAUCGUGGUGAACACCGUCUUCAUGGCCAUGGAGCACCACGGCAUGAACAGCACCUUCGAAACCAUGUUCAAUUUAGGCAACAUUGUCUUUACGGUGUUCUUUACCGCCGAAAUGGUCUUCAAAAUCAUUGCCUUUGACCCCUACUAUUACUUCCAGAAGAGGUGGAACAUUUUCGACUGCAUCAUUGUCACUGUGAGCGUGGUGGAGCUGGCCAUGGCCAAGAAGGGCAGCAUGGCGGUGCUGCGGUCCUUCCGCCUGCUGCGAGUCCUCAAGCUGGCCAAGUCCUGGCCAACCUUGAACACCCUCAUCAAGAUCAUUGGAAACUCAGUCGGGGCUCUGGGGAACCUCACCAUGAUCCUGGCCAUCAUUGUCUUUGUCUUCGCUCUGGUUGGCAAGCAGCUCCUCGGGGAGAGUUACCGUGUAAACUGGGGAAAUGUCUCCAUUGAUGAAAAGGCUCGCUGGCACAUGUGCGACUUCUUCCACUCCUUCCUCAUCAUCUUCCGGAUCCUCUGUGGGGAGUGGAUCGAGAACAUGUGGGUCUGCAUGGAAGUUGGCGACAAGUCCAUCUGCCUCGUCCUUUUCUUGACGGUGAUGGUGCUGGGGAACCUGGUGGUGCUCAACCUGUUCAUCGCCCUGCUGCUGAACUCCUUCAGUGCCGACAACCUCACAGCCCCAGAGGAGGACGGGGAGAUGAACAACCUGCAAGUGGCCCUGGCGCGAACCCAGGCAUUUGGCCAUCGCACCAUGAAGACCCUUCGCAGCUUCUUCCACAGGCCCUGCCUGCCCCCCCGGAACAAGGCAGAGCCCCAGAUGGUGGUGAAGAUCCCACUCUCCUGCUCCAAAGACGAGAACCACGUUGCUGCCAACGCGGCCGUGGGGAGCUCUGGAGGGCUCUCGGCUUCCAGAGACUCCGGGGACAACCACGGUGGCCUCGUCACCAAUCCUAACACGUGGGUCUCUGCGCCCAUUGCGGAGGGUGAAUCUGACCUUGAUGACUCGGAGGAGGAGAAGGAGGAGGAUGCUGGGAACUCCGGGCAGGAAGUGAUCCCCCGUGGGCAGAAGCAGCUGCAGCAAGUCGGGAGGUACAAGGACCACCUGGCCAGGAGCCCAGGCUCAGGAACAUCCUCCGAGGACCUGGCUCCAUACCUGGGUGAGAAGUGGAAAGACGAACCAGCUGCUCAGGUCCCUGCAGAGACAGAGCGCGACACGAGCUCCUCCGAAGGCAGCACGGUGGACUUCCUGGACGCCGAGGAGAUCCUGAGGAAGAUCCCUGAGCUGGCCGAUGACCUCGACGAACCAGACGACUGCUUCACAGAAGGCUGUAUCCGCCACUGUCCCUGCUGCAAAGUGGACACCGCCAAGUUCCCGUGGACUGUGGGCUGGCAGAUGCGCAAGACCUGCUACCGCAUCGUGGAGCACAGCUGGUUCGAGAGCUUCAUCAUCUUCAUGAUCCUGCUCAGCAGCGGGGCUCUGGCCUUCGAAGACAAUUACCUUAGUCAGAAGCCCACCGUGGAGGCCUUGCUGGAAUACACCGACAGGGUGUUCACGUUCAUCUUUGUGUUCGAGAUGCUGCUCAAGUGGAUGGCCUAUGGCUUCAAAAACUACUUCACCAACGCCUGGUGCUGGCUGGACUUCCUCAUUGUGAACAUCUCACUGAUAAGCCUCGUGGCGAAGAUCCUGAAGUAUUCUGAUAUUUCCUCCAUCAAAGCCCUUCGGACCCUCCGCGCCCUGAGGCCGCUGCGGGCUCUGUCUCGAUUCGAAGGCAUGAGGGUGGUGGUAGAUGCCCUGGUGGGUGCCAUCCCGUCCAUCAUGAACGUCCUCCUCGUCUGCCUCAUCUUCUGGCUCAUCUUCAGCAUCAUGGGCAUGAACUUCUUUUCGGGGAAGUUUUGGAGGUGCAUCAACACCACCAGUAAAGACUUUCCUGUUGUGCAUUUGAAUAUUGUGAAUAACGAAUCUGAUUGUAAAUUUCAAAACCACACUGGCAAACUCUUUUGGGUGAACAUGAAGGUCAACUUUGAUAAUGUUGCAAUGGGUUACCUCGCCCUUCUGCAGGUGGCAACCUUUAAAGGCUGGAUGGACAUCAUGUAUGCGGCUGUGGAUGCCCGAGAGGUGAACUUGCAGCCCGGGUGGGAGCACAACAUAUACAUGUACUUGUACUUCGUCAUCUUCAUCAUUUUCGGUGGCUUCUUCACACUCAACCUCUUCGUCGGGGUCAUAAUUGACAACUUUAAUCAACAGAAAAAAAAGUUAGGGGGCCAGGACAUCUUCAUGACAGAGGAGCAGAAGAAGUACUACAAUGCCAUGAAGAAGCUGGGCUCCAAGAAGCCCCAGAAGCCCAUCCCCCGGCCCCUGAACAAGUACCAGGGAUUCGUCUUUGACAUCGUGACCAGACAAAGUUUCGACAUCAUCAUCAUGGUCCUCAUCUGCCUCAACAUGAUCACCAUGAUGGUAGAGACGGAUGAUCAGAGUGAGGAAAAGACAAAAGUCCUUAACAAAAUUAACCAGUUCUUUGUGGCCGUCUUCACGGGCGAGUGUGUCCUGAAGAUGUUCGCCUUGAGGCAGUACUUCUUCACCAACGGCUGGAACGUGUUUGACUUCAUCGUCGUGGUCCUCUCCAUCGGGAGCCUGGUGUUUUCUGCAAUUCUUACAUCACUUGAAAAUUACUUCUCCCCGACGCUCUUCCGAGUCAUCCGCCUGGCCCGCAUCGGCCGCAUCCUCAGGCUGGUCCGAGCAGCCAAGGGGAUCCGCACGCUGCUCUUCGCCCUCAUGAUGUCCCUGCCUGCCCUCUUCAACAUCGGGCUGCUGCUCUUCCUCGUCAUGUUCAUCUACUCCAUCUUCGGCAUGGCCAGUUUCCCCAAUGUCAAGCAGGAAGCUGGCAUCGACGACAUGUUCAACUUCCAGACCUUCGCCAACAGCAUGCUGUGUCUCUUCCAGAUCACCACGUCGGCUGGCUGGGAUGGUCUCCUCAGCCCCAUCCUCAACACGGGGCCCCCCUACUGCGACCCCAAUCUGCCGAUCAACAAUAGCACCAAAGGGGACUGUGGGAGCCCAAUCGUGGGCAUCCUCUUCUUCACCACCUACAUCAUCAUCUCCUUCCUCAUCGUGGUCAACAUGUACAUCGCAGUGAUUCUGGAGAACUUCAACGUGGCCACGGAGGAGAGCACCGAGCCCCUGAGCGAGGACGACUUUGACAUGUUCUACGAGACUUGGGAGAAGUUCGACCCGGAGGCCACCCAGUUUAUAACCUUUUCUGCCCUCUCAGAUUUUGCAGACACCCUCACUGGCCCCUUGCGAAUCCCAAAACCCAAUCAAAAUAUAUUAAUCCGGAUGGACCUGCCCUUGGUCCCUGGAGAUAAGAUCCACUGCUUGGACAUCCUUUUUGCCUUCACCAAGAAUGUUCUGGGAGAAUCGGGGGAGUUGGAUUCUCUGAAGACAAAUAUGGAGGAUAAGUUUAUGGCAACUAAUCUUUCAAAAGAAUCUUAUGAACCAAUAGCUACCACCCUCCGGUGGAAGCAAGAAGACAUUUCAGCAACUGUCAUUCAAAAGGCCUAUCGGAGCUAUGUGUUCCAACGCUCCAAGACAGUCUUCAACCCCCCAGGUGUGCCCAGGGCUGAGGAAGAGGCUGCGUCAGUCCCAGAAGAAGACUUUGUUGCAUUCAUGGGAAAUGAGAAUUGUGUGCUCCCAGACAAAUCUGAAACUGCAUCUGCCACAUCUUUCCCACCAUCCUAUGACAGUGUCACUAGAGGCCUUAGUGAUCAAGUCAACAUGAGCCCAUCUAGCUCAAUACAAAAUGUAAGAGAAGCUACCAGUAAGGAAGCCACUACCCCUACACCCUAG